AUGAUCGAAAAACCAUCCGUUACAGAGAAUCAAACGACGAGUUCAAGUGAAUAUCACUAUGAAUCUCAGAAAAUUGAGGAAUUUGAGAAAUCAAGCGCACCUUCCUACCGUUCAGAAAACCUCAAUCAGGAGGAAGAGAACCACAUCCAAGAAGGCACUCACCGUGGCUUAGAUGCUCGACACAUUCAAAUGAUUUCGUUGGGUGGUGCCAUUGGUACUGGCCUUUUCCUUAACUCUGGUGGCAAUAUCGCCGAGGCUGGCCCUGCUGGUGCUCUUAUUGCCUAUUGUGUUGUGGGCUUCAUGGUCUAUUGUAUCAUGACAUGUCUUGGUGAAAUGGCCACAUUUAUGCCUGUAUCUGGAUCUUUCAAUCACUAUGCUACUCGUUUCGUUGAACCUUCCCUUGGUUUUGCUCUGGGCUGGAACUAUUGGUUUUCUGCUGUUACAAUCGCUACUGAACUCGCUGCUGCUGCUACCAUUAUCAAAUUUUGGAAAGAAGUUUUGCCUGAUGCUGCCUGGUCGACCAUUUUCUUGGUCAUCAUUGUUGCAGUCAACUUUUUGAGCGUUAGAAUCUAUGGUGAACUCGAAUAUUGGUUUGCUCUGAUCAAAAUCGUCAUUGUCGUUGUAUUUAUCAUUGUUGCUAUCCUUGUUACUGCUGGUGCUGUUGGCAGUGGCACCAUUGGCUUCUCUUAUUGGAAUACUCCGGGCGCUUUCAAUAAUGGCGCUGUAGGUACUGUGAGUGUGCUCUUGUCAGCUGGUUUCUCAUUCCAGGGUACCGAAGUUGUUGGUAUCACUGCUGGUGAAGCAAAGAACCCUACAAAGACUGUACCUCGCGCUAUCCGUAAUACUUUCUGGCGUAUCAUCAUCUUUUACAUUUGUACCAUUUUGUUGAUCGGAAUGUGCGUUCCCUACGACAAUUCUGAUUUGCAAAACCCUGAUGGUGGACCUGGCACAGCCUCAUUCACCUUGGUCUUCAAGUUGGCUGGUAUUGAAGCUGGUGCUCAUGUCAUUAAUGCCAUUGUCCUCACCAGUGUCUUGUCUGCUUGUAACUCUUCCAUGUACACCACUUCUCGCACUCUUAUGGGUCUUGCUCGUGACAACAAUGCUCCUGCUUUCCUCGGCCGUGUUAACAAGUUUGGUGCUCCUUUCUGGGCUGUUGUCUUUUCAUCAGUUGUUGGUUUCGCCUGUGUCUUUGUUUCCAUUUACAGUGCUGAGCAAGCCUUCGUUUGGUUCUUGAGUAUCACUGCUGUCUCUGGUUUCAUUUCCUGGGCUGGUAUUGCCGGUGUCCACAUUCGUUUCCGCCGUGCUUACGUCCGUCAAGGUAGAAGCAUCGCUGAUCUUCCCUACAAGGCCAUGGGCUAUCCUUUCAGUGGUCUCUUUGCCACCAUCCUCUGUAUCUUGAUUAUUCUCGGCCAAGGUUAUGGUGCCUUUACUCCUGAAUUUGAUGCUGUCACUUUCUGUACUAAUUACAUUGGUAUUAUUCCCUUCUUCCUCUGCUACAUUGGCCACAAGAUUUACACCAGAGGCAAGGUUAUUCCUUUGGAAGAAGUUGACUUCGAAACUGGUCGUGUCACUCGAUUUGAUAUCGAAAAGGAUAACGAAGUAGAUGCUGACAUUCCUCGUUGGAAACGCAUCGUUGCAUGGAUUGUCUAA